CACAAAAUUAAAUGAAUAUUUGUAGGGAUCAGUAUAAUAGUAUAAGGUAUAAUAAACAAUAAAAUAUGUUUUUUUAUUACCAAAUUUGGAAACAUACGCAUUUUUAUAUGUAAAAGAAAAAAUCGCAAUCCAGAUCCAGAUACUCCACAACGUUCAUCUACAAUUUAAAGUAGAUUACUGAAAGAGUGUAUACUUUGCGCUUUCCGUUUUCCUUCUUUCUUUAUGUUCAGAUUUACGCCGCAUAGCUGAGGUAGUCUUUCACCUUAUAAUGAAUGAAAAUAUGCUUCAAAAGAAUAAGAAAAAAAGAGUGAAUAUUCUCGAUUGCGUUCGUGCAAACGUCGCGGCGCCGGCGCUAGUAUUGAUUUGGUUUACAGCAUGAGUUUGUGUGUGUGACGCUUACCGACUGGAGGUUGAUGCCGUCCUCACCAUCCACAGCUCAAGAUGCCAAACCAUAAAGACAAUAAUAUUUAGGAUUAAGUAAAGCACUCGAACCGAAAUGGCAAACACGGCCCAUUUAGUACGUAGACAAAGCUCCCGCGACUUAAACCCCCAACGCUCGGUAGACCGGCUCGAAUUGAGGGAAAUGCGAGGGCGUCUAGUGGUAGAGAACGGCAGCACAUCCAGCUACGGCACCGCGAACGCAGCCUUCGAAGACUCCAGUCCCAACACCAAGAUCAAGUCCAGCUGCAGCAGCAAACGCGGCUCGCAGGACGGCAAAGCCACCUUUCGGCCUGAAUCUGGCGAGGACGAGCGCGAAUCCUGGGACAGCAAACUGACUUUUCUUCUCGCGACGGUCGGCUACGCCGUGGGGCUCGGCAACGUCUGGAGGUUCCCUUACUUGGCUCAAAAGAACGGGGGCGGUGCUUUCCUCAUCCCUUAUUUCGUUAUGUUGGCGGUUGAAGGAAUCCCAAUCUUUUAUCUGGAGCUGGCUAUCGGCCAGAGGCUGAGAAAAGGAGCUAUCGGCGUCUGGAACCAAGUGUCCCCUUUUCUCUCGGGAAUUGGGAUAAGCAGUGCAGUGGUGUCAUUCAACGUCGCCCUUUAUUACAACACGAUAAUAGCCUGGUGUCUGUUUUAUUUCGUGCAGAGUUUUCAAUCGCAACUGCCAUGGGCGGAGUGCCCUAAGGUGUAUUUCCCUAAUGGCUCCUACACUUCCGAACCGGAAUGUGUGAUCAGCAGCCCUACGCAGUACUUCUGGUACCGCACGACUUUAAUGAUCUCUGAGGACAUUAACAGUCCGGAAGUUUUCAACUGGAAGAUUGCUCUAGCUCUGGUCGUGGCUUGGAUUCUAGUUUACAUGUGUAUGAUUAAAGGAAUUGCCUCUUCAGGGAAGGUCGUUUACGUGACGGCGACCUUUCCUUACAUCGUCCUUAUAAUUUUCUUUUUUCGUGGGAUAACGCUGAAGGGUGCUGGUGAUGGGUUAAGACAUCUGUUUACGCCCUCGUGGCACAAGAUUUUGGAACCGGUGGUUUGGUUGGAGGCUGGCACCCAAAUUUUUUUCUCGUUAGGACUUGCAUUUGGAGGCCUUAUCGCGUUUUCUUCGUAUAAUCCUGUUAAUAAUAAUUGUUAUAGAGACGCCUUGAUGGUGUCUCUAACGAAUUGUUUUACUUCGAUGUUUGCUGGAAUUGUCGUUUUUUCGAUUAUUGGGUUUAAAGCUACGAUGGUUUAUGAGAAGUGCAUGAGCACAAGGAAUAGCACCCUUGCCGCAUUGAUAGGCAACAACGAUUUUGAUGAAAGUAGACUACCUCCGAAAGGAACCGUUUUCAAUAUUUCGAACGACGACGGUUCGAUUAUUAGCGUUGUGAUGCCUUUACUGCCAGAAUGUGACUUAGACAAAGAACUGGACAAUUCAGCUUCUGGUACAGGAUUAGCUUUUAUAAUAUUUACAGAAGCAAUAAACCAAUUUCCCGGAGCCCAAUUCUGGUCUGUUCUUUUCUUCCUUAUGCUUUUUACUUUGGGAAUUGAUUCACAAUUUGGGACGUUGGAAGGAGUUGUCACGUCCAUUGUGGAUUUGAAACUAUUUCCCAACUUACCGAAAGAGAUACUAACGGGAGGAAUUUGUUUAACCUGUUGCCUUAUUUCAAUGGCGUUUGCUCAUGGAGCCGGAAGCUACAUAUUUGUGCUUUUUGAUGGCUACAGCGGAAAUUUUCCGCUACUAAUCAUAGCUUUGUUUGAAUGUAUUGGAGUCGCUUAUGUAUAUGGGUUAAAAAGAUUUGCCGACGACAUUGAAAUGAUGACAGGACAACGUCCGGGCCUUUAUUGGCUAUUAUGUUGGAAAUAUUUAUCGCCUUUGGCAAUGAUGUCAAUUCUUGUGUCCAGUUUUAUCGAGAUUGCUGUUGACGGUUCGAAAUAUGAUGCGUGGGUUGCUUCUAAGGGAGAAACAGAAAAACAUGAUUGGCCUAUUUGGUCUGUUAUUCUUAUUUUGGUUCUAGUUUUUAGUUCUAUUGCCUGGAUUCCAGGUGCAGCUAUUGCUAGAUUAUUUGGAACAGUUAUAAUUGAUGAUAACGAAAAGGCAUGGUUUCCAGCAAACGAUUUGAAAGAAUUUCAUGGUAUUAUGCCUCAUGAAGUGUCAAAAGCUGAAACUCUUUUGUUUUGCAUACACGCGGAUGGAACCGAAGGGCUAUGUUGUCCAACGAAAUAUACAAAUGAUGAUGAAGAAGACAUUGACUAAAUUUAGAAAAAUUAGGAUACAACAAUAUUUAUAACCAUUCCAUAUCAUGUAUUUGUAUACUCAUAUCAUUUUUCCUUGGGAAGCAUACUGGAUUAAAGUUCAGGCGCUGCUCCUAAAAGAGAAAUAUCACGUAGAUUGAUAUUGGUCCGAUUUAUUUUUCAAAUAAAUUUCAUCAAUUUCAGCCGAAAAGAGACAAUAAAUUUUAGAAAGACAAUACUUAACAAAAAUAAGACUAGAUGAUUUUCUAAAAGAAAAUAAACGACGUGUUCACUACGAAACCAUCAUAUUUUUAUUUGUUCGAACUAAAAUGUGAUAUAUUUGCACAAAUAUUUGUUUUUGUCCAAGCAGAUUGACAGACUCGUCUUUGUUAAUAAUUGGCUCUUUGUUUUUUUUUUUAAUCAUUUCUUUUAUCCAUAGUGUUGUUACUAGUGUUGCUACUCUCUAACAUAUCCAUCUAACGACAUAUCCUUCAAUAACAAAUAAUACCUAAAUCAGUAUCAAAAAUUCCACGCCAUUUAGAGUCUGUCCUAAGUCUAGUCAAUUUGAAAUAUACAAUUAAACAAUAAUAGUUGGUAAGAAUAUCGGUGUUUAGCUUAGCAAUUUAAUGUAAUUAGUUAAUUUGUUGCUCUUUGUUGUUAAAUAGUGCAAAUUUGUUUCGAGUGUUGUCCAUUCAAAAACUCUUAAAUUGAACUGUUUUAAAAACUUCAGAUGAAGUGUCUUUGAUUGGAUUCAACCAUCGGGUUAUAAAGUAAUGUAUGACAAUAAUUACACUUAUGACGCGUGAAUAUCUGUGUUACGAAAUAAAAUAUUUUAUUUAUUGCUAUGCCGCUAGUCCUUGUUGAAUACGUAAUCAUGAUGAACUGUAUAAAUGUAUAAAAGUAUGUAAAUACAAAAUCUGUUAAAAUGUGGAAAAUAAAAAUCUCAACUGUAAAUCAAGCAACAAAUUGUGUCUUAUUUCAUAUCACUUCUGACAGCAAGUGUAAAUUUUUGUGACAAUGCCAAGUAUCAAGGAACAAUUGGAAAAGCAACCUCCUUUGAGAGUUCAAACAGACACUGAAAUUCCAAUCGUUACACUGUUAGCAGGUACUGUCGGAAUUACGUUACUUCUUGUUUGUUGCUGUUGUGGCGGUGGUGGAGGCCGAAAUCCAUAAACUUUGUCUUUUCAUUGUGUUAAAAAUGUGGUUAUACGUAAUUGUGUAGUUAUUUAGUUAAUAAAACGUCCAAGAAAAAUGUUU